AAUGUAGCCACAGAUAUAAAACGCCGCCAAAGAUGAUAGUUCACAUGAAUUCUAGGUUAACAAAUUAUCAUAAACCAGUGUUACUGGCUUGUAGAAAUUUGUAUAAAAAUGGAAAUAUAUUUUGUGUUAAGUUUAAUAGCGCAUCUUCCACGAACAUUGGUACAGAAGUCGUUACAUUGUCUGAUGGGAAGCAUCUCAACUUGUCUACAGGCAAAUAUGCACGUUUUGCUGAUGGCAGUGCAAUUGCUUCUUUGGGAGAUACUUCCGUUAUGGUUACAGCAGUUUGUAAAAAGCAAUUGUCAACCAAUUCUACCUUUCUUCCACUUACUGUGGACUACAGGCAAAAAGCAGCAGCAGCUGGACGCAUACCAACCAAUUUCUUACGAAGGGAACUUGGACCUACUGAACAUGAAAUCCUUACAAGUAGAGUCAUUGAUCGUUCUAUAAGGCCAUUAUUUCCAGAAGGAUUUUAUUUUGAUACUCAUAUAAUGUGUAACAUGUUAGCCGUUGAUGGUCUGCAUGAUCCUGAUGUGAUCGCCAUUAAUGGUGCCUCUACAGCUCUCAGUAUAUCUGAUAUACCAUGGAAUGGUCCUGUAGGUGCUGUUAGAAUUGGAAUGAUCAAUAAUGAUAUUUUAAUUAAUCCUACACGGCGUCAAAUGCAAGAUGGCAUAUUGAAUAUUAUUAUCACUGCAACAAAACAGAAUUUAAUUAUCAUGCUGGAGGGUUCUGCUAAUGAGGUAUUGGAGCAAGAUUUGAAAAAGGCAAUAAAGCUUGGCGUAAAGGAGUGUCAACAUAUUGUAGCAUCGAUAAUGAAAUUACAAAAGGCAUGUGGUAAAACAAAGAGAGAAGUUGAAAUAAGCAAUCAACAGGAAGCUGAUAAUCUGACCAAUUUAGUGAAAGAACUUUCAGAGACAAAACUGCAAGAUAUAUUUUCCAAUUAUACACACGACAAGAGCUCCAGAGAUAAUGCAAUUAAUGAUCUUAGAAGUAGUGUUAUAAAGACAUUAACAACUGAUAAUGCAGAUGUGAACAUUAAAUUAGUGGAAAAACUCUUCACGAAGAUCACUAAGGAUGUUUUCAGGUCACUGGUGUUUGAGAAGAAUGUCAGAUGUGACGGGCGUUCAUUGAGUGACAUACGUGAUAUAUCAUGUCAAGUCGACCUUUUCAACCCUCUUCAUGGUUCAGCUGUGUUUCAAAGGGGCCAAACUCAGGUCAUGUGCACUGUGACUUUGGACUCCUUAGAAAGCGCGUUCAAGAUGGAUGCUGUUUCAAUGUUAAUCAGCGGCAUGAAGGAGAAGAAUUUCUUCCUUCAUUAUGAAUUUCCGCCCUAUGCAACUAAUGAAAUAGGACCCGUAGGUCGGGUGGGUCGCCGCGAGAUGGGACAUGGUGCCUUAGCAGAGAAAGGUCUGCGGCCGAUUAUUCCAAAGGAUUAUCCCUUUACUAUAAGACUAACUAGCGAAGUAUUAGAAUCAAAUGGUUCUUCUUCUAUGGCUACUAUUUGCGGUGGGAGCUUAGCACUGCUCGAUGCAGGCAUACCGAUCUCUUCAUCAGCAGCAGGCGUGGCUAUCGGCCUGCUGACGAAAUAUGACGAAGCUAAAACGGAUAUCGAGGAUUAUAAAAUAUUGACUGAUAUAUUGGGAAUAGAGGAUUAUUUUGGUGAUAUGGACUUUAAGAUAGCUGGUACCAAACGAGGAUUUACGGCCUUGCAGGCCGACAUAAAGAUACCGGGCGUUCCGUUGAAGAUUAUAAUGGAGUGCGUGCAGCAUGCAUCAACUGCCAAAACGGAAAUUAUCAAAAUAAUGAACAAAGUGAUACAGACACCGCAGCAGAUUAAAAAGGACAAGAUGCCGGUGCUCGAGAACUUGGAAGUGCCAAUUCAUCAGAGAGGAAAGUUCCUCGGAGUUGGUGGAACGAAUCUGAAAAAGAUACUCCUGGAAACCGGAGUGCAUAUACAUGCGCACGACGAGAACUUCUACUCUAUGUUCGCGCCGAAUGAAGAUGCCAUGGCCGAGGCUAAAGAAAUGAUAAAGAACAUCCUAGAGAAAGAUCGUGAGCCGACCUUGGAGUUCGGCGCCAUUUAUACAGCGAGAAUAGUAGAAAUUCGUGAAACCGGUGUUAUGGUGACGCUUUAUUCAAACAUGAUGCCGGUGUUAUUACCCAAUUCGCAACUGGAUCAACGUAGGAUUCAUCACCCUAGCGCUCUAAACCUCGCAGUCGGCCAAGAGAUACAAGUCAAAUAUUUCGGACGUGAUCCGGUGUCUGGACAGAUCAGGAUAUCGCGGAAAGUGCUGCAGGAACCGGUUUUAAUUCAGAAGACUUUACAUCGUGACAACGAAAUAUUAGAAAAAGCGUGAAUGUCAUGCAAAGAGGAGAGUACAAGCUCUAUGAAAUUUUAGCUCAAUAUCCUCGAGUGACACCGUUGAUGAGAUACUAUUAAGAGUCAAAUAUAGUUUUACAGAAAUAUGAUGUGGCGUUGGAGGUAUGAUUUUUUGCUUAUUUGUAUUCGUAAAGUUCCAUGUGUGGUUUUAUAGUGUCUCUCGAUGGUGACGUGCGAUUUAACUAUUAUGAAAUUACAUUGUAGAAGAGCGACAUUUUGUACAUAUUUCCAUCGAUAUGUAGAAACUGGAUAUAUUUUUAAAUAUACUUAAUAGCUAAGAAAAUUUAGAUCCUUAGAUCCUGCAUUUUUAUAUUUGUAUUAUGUUG